AUGGAUACCUCAUCUCGGGCCUUGGAUGACCGUAGGCCAAUACUGCAGCAGUUAAUGGAGGAAUUCAUUUCGCAGCGCGUCAAGCGCUGGAAGGCAAGGCAGGAAAGGGUCACUGACCGGGAGCUUGCCGCAGUAGUCGCGGAUAUGAGCUGGGCCUAUGACUCCCUCCCGAGGCAGGGACCCGGAUGCCUGCUGCCUGACCACAACGGGGGAUACGUAUACGUCCCCUAUGAUGAGAGCAGAGAGGGACUUCCUGCAGAUCUCCAACAGCGCAUAGACAUGCUCGAUGGCUGGGUUAUAGAUCCCAAAAAUGCACCGAAUCCGCGCCAGAUGGACAAGAUGCUGGAGAAGGAGGUCUACGAGAAGUGUUUCUGGGAGUUCCUGGAUGGUGGCAGCGCCGCGCGCAUCAAGAUGCUCGCCAAAUAUCGUCUCAUGGAGAGAGGCAUCGACGUUUCCCCGAAUGAUCCGCGUAACCCGCAGUUCAAACUCGCCGUUUCAGACGUCAACGAAUUCGGCCAUAUCAAGAUGAAUUGGCGCUACCUGAACUGGAACUGUACUGAAGGCGAAGUGGUGCGGUGCUUGGACAACUACUCGCGCUCGUUGUUCAGCCCCGAGACCGUCUUCGCCCGACUUAUGAAGGACCUCGACACCAUACACCACCCCGAAGACGCCUCUAAAGAAGCCGGGAAUCUCAGCAACGAGCUCAAGUCGCCGAAACAGUUCAAGAACGAGCCGGAAUGGUCCUACUUCCUCUGCGGCCCCGACGGUGCUACGACCCCCUUGGAGGACAUCGCAUGGACACCGCUUCGACGGCGACCCAACGACUUCAAGAUGAUGAAGCGCAUGAGCAGGGAGCAAAGCAAAUGGCCCAUCAUUAUCCGGCCCUGGCAGCUGCGCCACUACAGGCUCUGCUUCCGAGUCCACCAGCUCCAGCUGCGGCAGCUGAAGUACUCUGAGGAGGUUGAGAAAGGCGCGGCCCUCAAGGCGCUCGACCAGACAGGGAAGCCGUAUCUCAAAGGAGGCUAG